UUCGGGGAUACUCCGCACCAGUUGGUGGUCGCUCCAGGUCCGCCCAUGUAACAUUUUCGGGAAGCCAAAACCUCUCACUCCAAAUCCAGUCUGAGAUAGAGGAAGUCAUCGGGGAGCAGAAAAAUAGUCGCGGUCAACAGUAACGUUACAAGUCCAACAAUAGCAAUGAGGUGUGGUACACAUUGAUCAGUCAUCUCCUUGGUGUACCCCCCCCCUCUCCUGACUGCUUGGACUGGUCCAUUUUGCAUCUGAAAAAAUCUGAUAGUUGGAGAAGAGUUCUUCAUGCCAGGGACUGUUGUAGCCUCAGCACACAGAGUACUGUAGCUCCUGGAUCACCUAAGAUAAGCAAAUGGAUGAGAAAGAGCUGAGUGAUCCCCUGAAUAACGUAUCGCUCAUUAAAGAUGAUCUGACCAGGUCAAAUAUGGGGUCCUCUGGAGACUCCGAGAAAAUGAUCCAGCACUUGAAUGAUGAACUUCGAGAAGCCCAGGAGCUAGCUAAUACUGAGAAACACAAAUGCAUGGAGCUACAAGGUAUCCUGCAGGAAGAGAGAAAAGAAAAUAAGCAACAAGCUGAUGAAUCUGCAAAACAGAUCAAACAUCUUCAAGGCCAGCUGCGGCAGCUCCAAGAUGAAGCGGGCAUUCUCAGAGAGCAGAUAGAUGUCUCUUCCAGUUCACAUGACGAGCUACUAAGUGCACGUGACGAGGUGAAGGCGUUGAAACGUGCCCUGGAGGCAGCCACUGCUGAGCGGGACCAUGACGUUGCCACUAUCCAGACCAACCUGGCAGCUGUCUCGAAGGACCUGGAAAAAUGGCGUCAGACUGCCAACAAAUAUGAGCGUGAGAUUGACAAUCUACAGCGUGACCUUCAACAACAGAGCAAGCAGUGGCAGAAAACUGCAGAAAUACAAGCCAGUGAGCUGCAGUCAAUGCAGGCGGAGUGUAAUGGCCUUCAGAAGGAGUGUUCGGUCCUGCGAGCUGAAAAACAAGACACCCUAAAUAAGCACCAGAAGGAAAGGAGUGGUCUGCAAAAUGAGUGUGCUUCCCUCAGGGCUGAGAAGGAGGAACUCCUCAAGGCUCACCAGAAAGACAAGGGCAACCUGCAGAGUGACUGUGCAGCUCUGCGCUCUGAGAAAGAGGCAAUGCUGCAGAGACAGCAGCAGCUGGAGAAGGACCUCGCCAGUUCGCGUGCUCAGAAUGCUGAGCUGAGCAACAGCCUCAAAGCCCUAGAGGGAUCCCAGCAGGAGUUGGAGAAGAGGCUGGCAGCCCUGCAGCUCCAGCACCAGCAGGAUAGCACCAAGCUGCAAACCCAACUGGAUGAAGCUGACAGCCACAGCAAGGCUCUGCAGAGAGAGUAUGAGGAGGCUAAGACGGAGCUGUCAGACCUAAAGGACAAAUAUGAGAAGACUGAGCAGGAAAAGCAGUUGCUUACAGAUGAGUUUGAGGAGUGCAAAGCCAACAUGAAGGAAUUACAGGAGAAAGGGACAAAGAAACCAUGGGUAAUCUGGGGGCCUGUGGCUGCUGUGGUUCUAACAGCUGUGACUGCUGCCGUGCUCUUCAGGACCUGAGUGCAACAUGCUCACACACACACACACACACACACACACACACACACACACACACAUACACAGACACACGCAGGUGUGAAUCCAUAUUUGUCAUCAGCUUCUUCUGUUCUGAAAUUGAAAAACUUGCCCCCUUAUCAUAUCUGCACUAUUAAUUAGGAGGGCUCCUACUUAACACUGUUUAAUUUUUAAGAUACUCUAUUUUAGAUGACAGAAUCGUUAAUAAAAGAAUGUCAGUUUUGUGUGCAAAUGAGUAAGUUUGUUUGUAUUAUUACUUAAAGGAAACCUAGUUGGGUCGUUUUUUUGUUUACUAUCAUGACUUAUAGGAGUAUCCAUUAAUGAAUGUAAAGAUAUGCUGCACACUUAAUUAGUAAAAAGAAAUAUAAUGAUGAUGACGAUAUUUUAGAUUGAGAUAGAUGAAGUGUGAACUUACCUAAUGUAACACAUCUCUGUAACUGUCAGAAUAAUAAAUUUUGUCACAGUAAUGCAGCCCCUAA